AUGGCACAUGAAGGCAUAGGGACUGCUGUUCUUAUGACAGAUCAGGAAGGCACAGGGACUGCUGUUCCUGUGGCAGACAAGAAAGGAACAGGGACUCCUGCACUGAUGGCAGAUGAGAAAGGCACAGGGACUGCUGUUCUUAUGGCAAACAAGGAAGGCAAGGGGACUGCUUUUCUUAUAGCAGACGAGAAGGGCUUUAGGACUGCUGCUCUUAUGGUAGAUGAGGAAGGCACAGGGAAUGCCGUUCUUAUGGCAGACGAAGAAGGCACUGGGACUGCUGUUCUUAUGGCAUACAAGGAAGGCAGAGGGACUGCAGUUCUUAUGGCAGACGAAGAAGGCAUAGGGACUGCUGUUCUUAUGGCAUACAAGGAAGGCACAGGGACUGCAGUUCUUAUGGCAGACGAAGAAGGCAUAGGGACUGCUGUUCUUAUGGCAUACAAGGAAGGCACAGGGACUGCAGUUCUUAUGGCAGAUGAGGAAGGCACAGGGACAGCUGUUCUGAUGUCAGAUGAGGAAGUCACAGGGACUGCUGUUCUUAUGGCAGAAAAGGAAUGCACACGGACUGCUGUUAUUAUGGAAGAUAAGGAAGCCACAGUGACUGGUGUUCUUAUGGCAGAUGAGAAAGACACAGGGACUGCUGCUCUUAUGACAGAUGAGGAAGGCACAAGGACUACUGUUCUUAUGACAGAUGAGGAAGGCACAGGGACUGCUGCUCUUAUGACAGAUGAGGAAGGCACAGGGACUGCUGCUCUUAUGACAGAUGAGGAAGGCACAAGGACUACUGUUCUUAUGACAGAUGAGGAAGACACAGGGACUGCUGCUCUUAUGACAGAUGAGGAAGGCACAGGGACUGCUGCUCUUAUGACAGAUGAGGAAGGCACAGGGACUGCUGCUCUUAUGACAGAUGAGAAAGGCACAGGGACUGCUGCUCUUAUGACAGAUGAGGAAGGCACAGGGACUGCUGCUCUUAUGACAGAUGAGGAAGGCACAGGGACUGCUGCUCUUAUGACAGAUGUGGAAGGCACAAGGACUACUGUUCUUAUGGCAAACAAGGAAGGUAGAGGGACUACUGUUAUUAUUGCAGAUGAUGAAUGCACAGGGACUGAUGUUCUAAAGGCAGAUGGGGAAGGCACAGGGACUGAUGCUCUUAUGACAGAUGGGGAAGGCACAGGGACUGAUGCUCUUAUCGCCGACAAGGAAUGCACAGAGACUGCUGCUCUGUUGACAGAUGUAGAAGGUAGAGGGAUUACUGUUCUUAUGGCAAACAAGGACUGCAUAUGGACUGCUAUUCUUAUGGCAUACAAGGAAUGUGCAGGGACUGUUGUUCUUAUGGUUGAUGAGGAAGGCAAAGGGACUGCUGUUAUUAUGGGUGAUAAGGAAGGCAUGUGGACUGCUGUUCUUAUGGCAAACAAGAAAGGCACAGGGACGGCUGCUCUUAUGGCUGACAAGGAAGGCACAGGGACUGCUAUUCCUGUGGCAGACAAGGAAGGCAUGGGGGCUGCUGUUUUUAUGGCUUAUAUGGAAGGCAUUUGUACUGCUGUUGUUAUGGUAUAUGAGGAGGACAAAGGGACCGCUGUUCUUAUGGCAGAGAAAGAAGGCACAGGGACUACUAUUCUUAUGCCAAACAAGGAAGGCACAGGGACUGCUGUUCUUAACACAAACAAGGAAGGCAUAUAG